ACCCCAGCCGGCCACCAGGGCCCGCCGCGCUGGAAGCGCCAUGUCUCAGCGGCACUCAGACGGCUCCCUGGAUGACAAGUCCUUCCUGCUGGAGUACCGCUUUCACUCCGAGCUGCGCCUCGACCAGGAUGGGAACCCGGCUCCCGGGCUGCCGGGGCCCCGGGGCUCCCUCAGGUCCCUGGAGAACGCCGCCUUCCAGGAGGACCGCCCGCCGGGCGAGCCCCACCACGUCAUCCUGAGCACGGAGAGCCCCGCCGCGCUCAAGGUGGGCACCCAGCAGCUGAUCCCCAAGGGCCUGGCCGUGUCCUCCAAGGCAAAGACGCCCGCCCGCCACCAGAGCUUCGCGCUGUCCAUGCUGAGCAAGGAGGCCGCCCGCAGGGACCCCAAGCGGCUGUCGGCCCCCAGCUUCUCCCUGGACGACCUCGAGCUGGGGAUGACGUCCGAGGGGGCCCUGAAGAGGAAUCUCCGCAACCAGUCCUACCGUGCGGCCAUGAAGGGCUUCGGGAGCCCCGGCGAGCACAGGCCCAAGCCCGUCACCAGCCUCAAACCUUUGGCCGAGGACGCAGGCCAGGGGCGGGCCCGGAGCCCAGCCAGGAACAAGAGGACCCUCGGGAGGAAGCGCACUCAGCAGGGCUCCUUCAAGGACGAUCCGAGGCUCUACCAGGAAAUCAGGGAAAGGGGCCUGAACACCAGCCACGAGUCGGACGAUGAUCAGCUGGAGGGCUGCUCGAGCCCCGAGGGCCCUCGGAAAGCGGACGCCACAAUCGUGGUGAAGAAUUACCGGCCUGCCCAAGUCACCUGGAGCCAGCUGCCUGAGGUGGUGGAAUCCGGGAUCCUGGACCAGCUGUGCCCUGAAGAGCGAAAGCGGCAGGAGGCGAUUUUUGAGAUCAUCACGUCCGAGUUCUCGUACCUGCACAGCCUGGGGAUCCUUGUGACCGAGUUCUUGAAGUCCAAGGAGCUGAAGGGGACCAUGACGCAGAUGGAACACCACCACCUCUUCUCUAACAUCGUGGACGUCCAGGGGGCCAGCCAGAAGUGUUUUGAGGACCUGGAGAAAAGAAAAAGAAACGCCCGGUCACCGACAUCACACAUCCCGAGGCCCGCCUUGAACCACUUCCACCCCUACGUGGCGUACUGCUCCAACGAGGUCUACCAGCAGAGGACGCUGCAGAAGCUGAUGAACUCCAACUCAGCUUUCCGAGAGGUCCUGAAGGAAAUCGAGAGGAGACCAGCCUGUGGGGGCCUGCCCAUGAUCUCUUUCCUCAUCCUCCCCAUGCAGAGAGUGACUCGGCUGCCUCUCCUGAUGGAUACCCUGUGCCUGAAGACCCAGGGCCACCCCGACCGAUGUAUAGUUGCCAACCGAGCUCUGAAGGCCAUCAGCAAGCUGGUGAAGCAGUGCAAUGAGGGGGCUCACAAGAUGGAGAGGACAGAGCAGAUGUUCAACCUGCAAACACAACUGGACUUCAGCAAAAUCAAGGCCUUCCCCCUGAUCUCGGCCUCCCGGUGGCUGCUGAAGAGAGGGGAGCUGUCCUUGGUGGAAGAACCCAGCCUCUUCCGGAAGAUCUCCAGCCGGCCCACCUGCUACCUCUUCCUGUUCAACGACGCCCUGAUGGUCACCAAAAAGAAGAGCGAGGAGCACUACGUGGUGAUAAGUUACGCCAAGAUGGACCAAAUCCAAGUCAAGAAGGUUGAGCCUGAUGAACUCUUACUGAGCGGAGGGAUCAAUCGCAGCUCAUCCAUCCCUUACCCCUUCCAGGUGACCAUGCUGAAGAACAGCGAAGGGAAGCAAGAGCAGAUCCUGUUGUCUUCGGACUCACUGAGCGACCGGGCCCGGUGGAUCACUGCCCUGAAGCAUAAGGAGAACCAGGAGCAAGGCCUGGCCAGCAAGGGAGACCUGCACCAGGUGGAGAUCACCAAGGCCUAUUUUGCCAAACAGGCCGAUGAGAUCACCCUCCAGCAGGCAGAUGUGGUCCUGAUCCUGCAGCAAGAGGACGGCUGGUUUUAUGGAGAGCGGUUGCGCGAUGGAGAGAUUGGCUGGUUUCCCGAGGACUACGCCCAAGCCAUCACCAGCAAAAUGGCCGUGGAGGGCAAUGUGCGCAGGAUGGAAAGGCUCAGGGUGGAGACAGACGUGUAGGCGGCGCAUCAGCCUGUGAAGGCUUUCCAAGUCUUUGUCUAGGGCUGAGAGUUUCAACAGACCAUGAGUUUCCCAUCAGACCUCUCUUCUCCAGGACUUGCAAAUGGUACCCGCGAGCCUGCAAAGCCUUUCCGGGGAAUCUUUGGGAUCCCAGUCACCAGCAGUAGGAGGGGCGCCCCUUCCUGUUUACCUUUUCCCUGGGCCAGUUUUGUCCUAAUGUUGAAAAGGCUGGCCACGUUUGCUCCCCCUCCUGUAGAUUCCUCCCUCCCACCCGAGUUCCAGGCUGCCCCAAAUUAACUUGUGGUGAGGCCUCUUUGGUUGGGCCAAAAGGUGCCUCAGUAGGUACAUCCCACGGCCACGCACCUGUCUUUUUACUGCUGAAGUUCCACCCAUCACAGUUCCAAAUGUGACUUUACAAAGGAAAUGCUUAACGUUUUCCAAGGAGAAAAGCAGGCCCCUGCUUGUGGAUAGGAAGUGGAGGUGCUAGAGGUCCGAGUGGAUGGGGGAAAUUAGGCCAUCUCUGCCCUUCUCCAGGCUUCUCAGCCCAGCCGGCCUCCUCUGUCAUCUUACCCACGGUCAUUGCAUCCACUAGGAUCUGCCUUUUUCCCUCCUUCCCUUGGCCUCCGAGUCGUACUGGGUGGUUGUGGGGGCCCAGAAGGACUUGAAAGCCCCAACACUGGCCCAGAGGCCGAGGGACGAGCACUGGACUGUGUACAUUGUUGUAUAUUGUUUUUCUGAGAAAUGUAAAAGUCAUUAAAAUUAUUUCAUUAAAA